ACCUUCAGCGAUACUUACAAAUUCAACAAUGCCACCACAGUGGUAGGAGAGGAAGAGCGAGAAAGAUCUGUGCUCCCGGGGUCUUGGAGCCAUGGCAGUAGCAGUGAACUGGUGCAAGCCUUCUCCAUUUCUCGGUCACAAAUUCGCAACUCGCUCUGCUAAUCUGUUAUCUGGACAGUGUAUGGGGAAUUCAUUUCAGCCAUCUAGAAUCAGUGCACUUUUUUGGCAGUCUAGAAGGUCCAGGGAAGCACAAGUAAUGGAUUCUGUUUUGGGACAAUUUACUUUGACAGGGUCUGGCUCAGAGGACACAAUGGUGAAGCUGGCACAACCCAAAACGAUAACAGUUUCAGUUGUAUCUUCUAUCUCGGAGGUAGCAUCCAGUGAAUGGGAUGCUUGUGCUCUGGAUGCCACGGGCACUGAAAAGUUCAAUCCAUUUCUUACCCAUGGAUUUUUAUCAAGUUUGGAGGAUUCCGGAAGUGCAGUGAAGGAAACAGGAUGGAUGCCCCGCCACAUCAUUGCCAAGGAUGAAGACAACAAGAUUGUAGGUGUUGUCCUACUCUAUCUUAAAAGCCAUUCAUAUGGUGAAUUUGUUUUUGAUCAUUCUUGGGCUGAUGCAUAUUAUAGCUAUGGGUUAAAAUAUUACCCAAAGUUACAAUGCUCUGUGCCAUUCACUCCAGUAACUGGUCCAAGGAUUCUAGUUCGUAACACCUCAUACAAGGAUCAAGUCUUUGACAUUAUAGUAUCUGCAAUGAAGGAUCUGACUGAUAAGUUCGAGCUUUCAUCAUUGCAUAUUACUUUCCCCACUGAAAAUGAGUGGAACAAGCUUGGUGAAAAAGGUUUUCUACAGAGGAUGGGAAUGCAGUACCACUGGAAAAAUCGUAACUAUAAAAGUUUUGAUGAGUUCUUGAUGGACAUGAAGCAAAGUAAAAGAAAAAAUAUUCGCCAAGAGCGCAAAAAGAUUUCCGCACAGAACUUGAUUAUGAAACGGCUCCGGGGUUAUGAAAUAAAGGCAAGGCACUGGGACUCCUUCUAUAAGUUCUACAGGAACACAACUGAUAACAAGUGGGGUAGCCCUUACCUGACAAGGGAAUUUUUUCAUGAGAUGGGAUCAAAAAUGGGAGAUCAGGUAUUGCUAGUUGUUGCAGAAGAAGGAGAUGAACUUGUUGCAGGAGCUCUAAAUCUUAUUGGAGGAGAUACUUUAUAUGGGCGGCUAUGGGGAUGUAGCCCUCGGAGUUAUUAUCCAAGUUUGCAUUUUGAAGCAUGUUAUUACCAGGCUAUUGAAGCCGCGAUUGAACUCAAUCUUCAAACAGUAGAGGCUGGAGCUCAGGGUGAGCAUAAGAUCCAGCGAGGCUAUAUGCCAGUGACAACUUAUAGCUGCCACUACCUGACGGAUAAUGGAUUUAGGAAGCCUAUUGAAGACUUCUUAAUCCGUGAAGCUUCUCAGGUGAAGCUUGUUAUUAAUCUCUUACAUGAUUCUGGCCCUUUCAAGGAAGAUAUCCUGAGGGGGGAUUAUUGUAUAUAACAUGCUGAAGCGGUGACCAUCCAUGUCUUUAGGCAUUUGCUGCCAAUAAUAACUAGCGCAGCUGUAACUGGCACUUGGGCCAAUGAUAUAGAAGUGAAGGAAGAAAUGAUUUAUUUAAAUAAGAUUAAUUGAUAAAUAUUGAAUUUUAAGUUAAA